AUGAAGUCCAUUUUCCGAUUUUCAAGCGACAAAACCGUUUUCGCUUCCGCCAGCUCUCUGGAAACCUGCUUCUCCCGUCCGCUGCCAUUAUCAACGCCAAUCAGCGUUACUCUGGUGAGCCUUGACGGUGAGACCCUUGCAGCCAAACUGGCCUCCAGCCAGAAGCCUUCCAAGAGAGCUCGCUUCAAGGAGAUCCUCAGACGUCUUUUCAGACGCGACAGGAGAACCUAUGCCAACUGCCCUUCCGUCGAUUCCUUCAGCUCUGUGGUUUCGACUGAACCCAUUUGCGCAGUUCCAGCCAGACAAGUUCUGUGCUACAGAGCCGUCCCACGGACCAGGCUCCCAAGGCUCUACGCCUACCGUCUUCCAACUCUCAGAAUUGCAUUCAACCCAUUGAGGCCUGUCAAGUUCCCAGGCGUUUCGGAGUACACACUCAACGCCUGCUUCACAAGCCCAAUCUGGACCACCUCCCCAGACUCCAAGGUCCCUCUUUCUCCUUUCAAGAGAAACCCACUCAGAAUCACUAUUUCCCAACCCCCCUCCGGCGAUGUGACCACCCCCAAGCCAAACGGCCUUGUCUACUCGCCCUACCACGACUUCUUCGUGCGUUUGAACUGGCUCUUUGAAACCUGGCGCCGCCAAUGCCAGACCAGCCCAUUGCUGCUUCCCCAAACCGUCUGCCUGCCACUAGUGACGGUGGUCGUUUUCCCCAAAUCGGCCUUCUCCCCCAAUGGGGCCUUUUGCCCCGACGCUGUUUGUGCAACUGAGUCUCCACGCAUUGAGACUUUGGAGCACGAUUCCAACGCAAAGCUCGAGGAAUGCCACCCCCGGCUUAGUGCCUUGGAGGCCCAUCUCGCUCAAGCACUCCCUGACGACGCCAGUUUCCGCAGACUCGAGAAAAUGGGCUUGGACGUGGUCCACCUUCAUGAGACCCGCAAGCCAGUGGCUGCGAAAUCCAAGAAGGUGAGCUUUUCUGGAACCAACGCCGUGGUUGAGUUUUCCGCUGACGAUGCGCCUUCCGUCAUCAGCGAUUCUUCAAUCGGUUUGCCCGGUUUCCUUCCCAAAAGCGCCCUUCGUGUCCCGGCAGCCUUCCCUCUUUUGAAGGCCGCCCUGGUGCCCCAGCCUGAGGUCGCACCCUACGAUUUCGCAGCCGAGUUCAACGAAUUGGCACACCAGGUCGAGCAACUUGACCUCCACGAGCCCGGCUACAAGCAGCAAAGAAGAGCAAUCUGCCGCCGCUUUAAGGCCUUCUUCCAUUCUGUCGCCUCGGGCCCCCACACCUCCGUACACCGGCUUUUGGCCUCGCAGGCCAAUUCGCUCGUUCACGCCAGAAAGUGUUUCGCAGCCACCGCCGCCGUAUCCAGAGGCCUCGCAGUCCAGGGCACCCAUGACAUAACCACCGUGCGGACACUCUGCCAGAACCACAAUUUCACGGCAGAGUUUUUGGUGGAUUUGGAGUCUGGCAUCGACGACCACCUUGCCGAGUUGGGCCCGCAAUUGGCGUCUUUGCAGGCCUUGAGACCCUCGUUGGAAGGGUGGUACAUGCUGUUUUUCGAGACCCACUGCCGCGCCCGUUUUGCACCCACCGACGCAGACGAGGCCCAUUUCCAUGAACGCAUUGGGUUUGCUCAGUACCGCCAGAGAUGUUUCAUGGUGGACACGGAAUUGGGAACCUGGGAGCAGUAUUUGAGGCACCAUCUUGGUGUUUUGUCGGAAGCGGCGGGGUACAAUGCCGAGCUGCUUCGGAUGAUGCUCUGUGUUGAGUAG